AUGACUACAUGUGUAGACUCUUUGUCUCUAGCUCUCGGACAAAUUAGCUUUGCAGUCAACGAUUUAACCAAAAAGAAUUACAAAGCGACCUUAAAAGAAAUACACGAGGUGAGCGUUAAUGUAAUUUAUCACCAUAACAUUGCAUAAACACCAGUUAUGUAUGCUUAGAGAAGGUGACCUCUCUGAUGUCAACCAGUAUUUUUUCCUAAAUACACCCAGGUAGCGAACCCAAGAUAUUUUCGUCAAUUUCUUAGUUUCAUAUACCUAAUUUCUCACGGAAUAAUAUGUUUCAGCCUUUUAAGUUUAAUGAAAAAUCAAGCAUACCAUACAUGUUUCAUUUUGUGGAUGAGAUGUACUCUAUGAAGUUUGAUACUGCUGCAUCAUCAUAAAACUGUUUAAGUUUAUGUUUUCCUAAAAUUCAUUUUUCAGCUUAUUGAAAAACAUGGCUUUGAGGCAGAACGUCACUUAUUCCGUUGCUUAUUCUCUUUUAUUGACUUUGCUGGUGAUGGAAAGAAUAAUGGCAAAGACUUCCUGCAGGUGAGUAUGGCUUCAUAGGGUUUUUACAAGGUAGGAGAAGUUAAAGAAUUCUCUGGGCACAGGGCUCAAAGCUCAACCUUUUUCCAAGUUACUAUUUGGCAACUUCACAUCCUGACAUGGUCAUCAUAAAUUAUACUCUAUUCACAAUUUGUUUAUGCAAGAAAAUGAUUAAGCAUUGAUGCUCAUGUAUCAGUAUCAGCUUGUUACAUGACUGCAAAACGUAGUUUGACAAAUUGGUGACUUUUGCUAAACAUAGGCAUGUGUAGCAUGCAAGAGUUAUCUUUUUGGCUGGAUAAGCUGAGAUGGAACAGUUUGUGUUCUCAAUGUUUUCAUUUUUGUUACCAAAAAGAGCAUAAAAUAAAAAAAAAAAUGAAAAUGAAAGACAGAAAAAAUCCAAUUUUAUCUGAACUCACACAGAUAUUAUGUGAUCUACUGUCUCUAUUGUCUAAAUACUUCCAAGUUAAAAUAUAAUGCAUCUGUGUCACACUUACUAUUGUCUCCUUUGCAGGUGUUGUUUGGUCACAUCACACAAUGCCCUCUAUUUUGCAUUUAAGAGAGAGCGCGUUGCCUGAUGAGAUCAAAUAACGGUUGCAAAAGAGACUACACUUACUGCUGUUCCUAAUAAAGAGGAAAUUAAAAUUAUUCAUAUACAGUUACCUUAGAAAUAUAAUUCCAAUAGACCCUAACCAAAGAUAUUACAAUUUUGAUUUAGUGAAAAUACAUUGAACAAGAGAAAUGGAUAAUAUUUCAAAGAGGGCUCUUUGAUUGGUUGUUGCCGAUCUGGACUUUGCCCUUUUUGAGUGAAAUACGUGAUAAAAUGCAGGUUGUUUUACAAGGAAUUAACAUGCAAUUGGGUUAAGUCCAAGGUAGCUUCAAGUGACUUUAAUUCGUAGAAAAAGUCAAAUGUGGGAGAAUUGGGUGGAAAACUCAAUAUCAGUAGUAUUUAGAUCCAUGUAAAUUUUUUCAGUGGGGUCAGACAAUGCAGUUAGAAUAUGUGAUAAAAUGCAGGUUGUUUACCAGGAAAUGACACAUGAUAGAGGGAAGUCCAAUGUGGCAAAAUUGAAUUUGACUGGUGGAAUACAAUUCAAGCAUGUGAAAAAUUGCAUAAUGUUCUUGUAGUGCAAUGAUUGGGUAUGUUCUGAUUGGACUUUGGACGUUGUUUUCAUUGUACAUGACAGAAUGUAAGUUGUUUGGCAUGUGUGUUGUGAUUAAAGGAGUGGAAAAAACAUGUUUUAACUUAAAUUUAUUUGAUUUAAAUGCAUACCUUUCAUAUCCCAAUAAAUCUCAUCCUUAAUUGACAAGGUUCUUGCAAAGGCCAUAAACCAUUACACUUAUCAAAUGAGUCCAGUAUUUCUGAUUAAUGUCAUUCUUUGUGCAUAGCCCCGCAAUCCUUGACAUCAUUUAAAAGAAAACAAUACCCAAAUGCUCUGAUUGAUGCAAGAUAUUCAAAUGCUAUCAUAUAAUUGGUGGGAGAUGUGUACCCUAAUGCAGCAGUCUGAUUGGUGCAAGAUACAUACCCUAAUACAGCGAUCUUAUUGGUGCAAGCAACAUACUACCUUAUAUGCUAACAUAGAGUAAUUUUUUUUUUAAAAUAAUAACUCAAAAAUGUAGAUGCCAAAAUUUGUUGUACUUGCUAUAGGGUGUACUUGACAAAAACAGCCAUAGCUUGUUGUGCUGGACUAUUACACAAAAUUCUUAAGCUAUCUCUUGAUGGCCAGAGCAAACAGAAACAGUUGGUUUUAAAGUAAAAAUGAUUAACAUUAUUGAAAAUUUGUCACAAUUUGCGAGGAGGAAAAAAUCUGAGCUCCUGGAGUGGAUCUGAACCCAAGCCAAAACUUAUUCCAGAGUUAUAGGCUCUGCUAAUUGAGCAGCAGAGACCUCACUGAUGAGCUGGACAACCAUAUUUACUCAUGUAUAAGUUGAACUUGUGUAUUAAGUAAACCCCCCCAUUUUCAAGGUUAAAAAUUGUAUUUUCAUCAUAUUUAGUUAAAGAAGUAGAAUUCAGACUGAUAGAAAUUUCCCAAAAAAUUAAUCUCUUAUUUCUGAGGAUGUAUUGAAAACAUGGCAAAUUAAUAAACUGCAUGGCAAAAUGCAACUGUGUGCUGUUAAGUUCAUCAGCACUUGUUUAUAUUACCAUGAUUUAAGCAUACACGGAUUUCUGAACAGACUUCAGGCAAUUGUUAUGCUAAUUUCUUGGACUGCUGGGAUUAGGUCUUUGUAUAUGACUUGUGUAUAAGUUGAGGGUGAUUUUUUGGGCUGAGCUUUUGGUCAUUAAAGGUCACCUUAUACACAAGUAAAUACAGUAAUCAUUAAAUGUACAUUGUGCUCCUAGAGAAUUCUUUCAUCAGCAUUUUAAGUAAAAAAUUGUUAGAUGGCAACAUGGUUGGCUAAUGGCUUACCACCAAUGUAAAGAACACAAUUUUCACUACUUAUAAAUUAAUGCAGAAGUUGGGUGAGCUUGUGUGGUUUCCCCAAGUAGAUGCCUGCACAUUGCAGUGUGUAUUCAGUGAGUGUCAAUCAAGAAGACAAAAAUAGACUAUAUAUAAUGGUUUUAUAGGAAGAAGGAGGGUAAUUUUUUAAUUGCAUAAAAAUAAGGGAUUAAAAUGCAUACUAAUGUACACCAUAUACUGUAUGUUGUGGUUUAAUUUUUUUACUGUGUCUUGUCAUCAUCUGAUAUACAGGAAACUGAAUUAAAACUUAAUUUUCAAAAUUUUUCACUAAAAAUUUAACCAUAUCACAUGAACUGUGCAUUUUACUCUUGGGAAGUGUUUAAGGAGAUGUAGUCUGUGGUGUGGAUAUUUAUCUCACAAAGGGAAAUAGUACAAAAUUGAAGAGAUACUGUCUGUGUCUGUAUGAAGUUGCAAGGACAUCUUUAAGACCUAUAUCAGAUAAAGCAAAGUGUAUUGAAAGUGAAGCUGUAGAUUCACUUGGCAAUAUUGUUUGUAAUUAUAAAUUCCUAUUCUGUCUGGCAAUGCUGUUUUUUUUAUCAGUUUGUAUACAGCAUGUUUGUAUUGAAUUUUCAUAUACAGCAAUAUAAGUUUGUUAUGACUGUCAGGUAGACAAAAUGAUUUUCAGAGAGCAGUUUGAAAGACAGAAAAUACAUGUAGGUCUGGUCCUUUUAUUUUUGAUAAUAUCUAAGCUCUUGAACAGGUUAUUAUGCCAUUUCUGUCUGUCAUUAUCACUUCCUUUUUUGGUAGGAGAUAUGACCUCUUUAGUUUCUUUAUUUGACAGUGACACUAAAUAAAAACAUUCAUACAAUGAUUUGCGACCUAAUGCAUUAUUUAUUGUCUGGAUUGCUAAAGAGCUUCCUGUUUCUACAUUAAGUGCCAGUUCCUAAUUCAAGAAUGCCAGAUGCUUGUUUCCAAACCGAACUUUUCCUCCAUUUUGUGUUACGCCAUCGAGACGCCAGAACAUAAGCAAAGGACGCUGAGACCUUCCCAACAGUUACUGCCAAAUAUUAGCAGAGUAUUGAAGCUAAACAAAGUACAAGAGGUAAGACUGAAGUGGUUUUUUUCAAGAUUAACCACAAGAUUACAAGAUUAUUUUAGAAUUAGUUUGCUGUAAAUGUUGAGAGGUGUUAAAUGGCUGCUUCUAUUAGGGGACAAUGAAAAUUCUGAGACCUUGUGCUGGUAUGGACCCUUGAAAGUUGCUAAUUUUUAAGUUAUAUGUUCCACAUAGGCUGAGCUACACAAGGUUGUUUACAGAGAUUUUGCUUGUGAGUCAGAAAGUAUGCUAUUUCUCUAUGAACAAGAUUCUUUUUUAUGUGUUUGUUUAAUCAAAAGAUUGAAUUAAACUGAAAACUGCAUCUUAUUGUGGGAGCUUUCUAAUCUUAAGUUAAGUUGUUGGACUGAUUACUUGAUAUUUUUUAACUAGAUUAGGAAUGUGGAGAAUGUAAUUAUAGUGUUAUGCAUCCAGACAAAUUUUCAAAUGGAUGACUCCAUAAAAGAAAAUUGAAUAAAUAGUCACUUGACCCCUUGUAAAAGUUUAUUUUCAGAUGUUACCAUAAGUUGUGCAUGCUUAUUCUCUUUUGGUCCUCCUUGUUUUUCAUCUGCUUUGAUAAUACCAGUAAUGAAUGUAGACAAAAGACAUCUGACAGGGUUAAAAGUAACAGCUGUUGUAAAUUUGUUUUAGUUAAUAUUCCUUUCUUAUGCAGUCACUAUUACUUUUUAGAAUGGAACAGUAAAUGAGAAGUGCUUGUUGUUUUUAUAACUGUUCCAGCCCUUGCUCCUUGGUGUGCGGUUCAUCUUUAUUAAUGAUGAACUGAAUUUAUUAAUUGUCUACAUCUAUAAAUACCAGAUGGACUAAAAAAUUCUAGAGAACCAUACACCUCUAGCCAGCUCGAAUACACUGAAUUUUCAUAUCAUACCAUAACAUGAGGAAAACAGAAAGGUAAAAUGGCCAUACAACUGUAGCUACAGUACAUGUAUAUGUACAGACACACCUCAACAAGCUUAGAGGGCACAUAAUAUUCAGACAGCCAUUUUGAUUUAUGUUUGAAGGUGUAAAAUUCCAAACUUGAACUGCAGUUUGCUACAGGGAUUAGGUCUCAGUGCAAGCUAGAAUGUUGAAUUCCCAAGCAGAGAUGUAAGAACCAAACAGUAAAAAUUGUUCCAGUUCUCAAACCCUGCAUGUGUUGACUACACAUAAGCAGGAUUGGUACUCUGCUUCCUUUGUGCAUUACCUUAAAUUUUCCUCUUUUCCGACACUUAUUUUGCAGGUAAUAUUUGGCCUUAGCCUUUUAAGUUCCUCAAAUGAUGAUUUAAAAAACCAUGGUAAGUGUGUUGGUACAGCUACAUGUGCAUAGGUCUUUGCUACAUGUGUAUAUGUCAAAGCUCUUCAAGUAUUAACCCUUUCACUUCCACAAGUGACCAAGACAGAAUUUCUCCUUACAAUAUCUAUACAAUAACAAGCAGGUAGGUGAUGAGAAUAGAGAAGAAUAUCAAUAAUGGGAUUAUUAGUUAAUCCAAUACCAAAUUCUCUGAACUAACAUCAUAAGAAUUGUAUGACAGAUAGUAAGGAGAAUUAUUGAUUAGAUCUUGGGAGUGAAAGGGUUUAUGUCUGUCUAUUUUUGUUGUCAUUAGCUGUUUUUAUCAUUCUUGAAGAUUUGUUUCAGCUGGUUUUGUUUUCUUUACAGCUGGCCAAUUUGUCAAACACAAGUUGCCUGACCUUUUGAGAUCGUACACUGAUGCAGGUGAGAGAUUUUUCAAUAAUGUUAAUAAGGAGUUGGCAGCUAUAUACAAUCAAUGAGGGUAAUUUUGUUUAAAAAAAAAACAACAACAACAAAACUGUGGUAAUGUGUUGGUGGGAGAGCAUAACAGGGUAAUUUAGUUUUAUCAUCUGAGUUGGUAACGUAAAUUGGCCACCAGAAAGAAUUUCAAAGCUGACAUUUGUAAGAGUUAGCCUUUGUCAGAGCUAAGGGCUAACACUCAAAACUUCAGCGUUGAAAGUAUUGUAUCAAAAAACGUGUACAUAUUCAAGAGGCAGACACCUAUAUCACCCCUAACUCCCCCACUUUCUCCCAUGCCCCCCAGUACACUAUUGCACUUUUAAUUUGUACUUGGAUAUGGGAAGGGGGCACUGAGGCAAACUGCAGUUCCUUUUCCUGACAUUCUUUAAAAAAUUUCUAGGGGUAUUGAUAUAUUUGUUGGCUAAUUUUGUCACUGAGAGUACAUGCAUGUUAUCAAUUUCUGUGUAGCCACAUCUGAGAAGUACUGUGCAUACAGCUGACACUGACAUGGUUAAUGCACUUCUAGCCUCUUUCUAUGGGGUGUAGUUCCACAGAAACCACUAGCCAUAAUGAACAGUCUAGAGAUAGUGUCUAUCUGCAAUAUUAUUGCAAUACCACAAAGAGCUGUUUCUUAGUCAUUAGAGUAUCACAUUCAGAGCCACACUUCUCUUUCUUAUCCAGAGAAUAAAACAUAAUGAAAAGAUUCUCAAUCUUUCAUCAGAUGUUGGAGGUGUACAGGAAGGAGGCUUGACUGAUGUUGCUAUUGAAGUGUUACAUCGCGUUUUGUCUCAUGUGAUCCAUGGACCAAGAGAACAGGUUGGAGUUGGAGAUGAUCAAGUGUCUGCCUUCUUGGAAACCCUAAAGAAAGGUUUGUGUCAUUAUUUUUUACCAUCAUUUUUAGCUUUAGGCAUUGGCAUUUAUCUGUGUUUAAGGAGGUUUUGCCCUAUUGCAAUUGCCCCUUACCAUCUUUACAAAUUUGCUCCUUGAACAUUAAAAAAAAAAUUGCUUGUUUGUCGAAAUAUAUAAUGAUUUCAACAGAAGAGGAAUUUGUUGCACCAUAAGGAAAGGAGUUGACAUAUAUUUUUUAACUUUUUUUCUGACCUAAUUGGAUAGCUAAGGGCCACUAAUAAAUUGAAGUGUAAAACUCUUCAUUCUUUCCCAGAUUUUCCCAAAGAACGUGUACCUGUAGUCCUUGCUCCUCUUCUUUAUCCCGAGACAAAGGAUAUUUCAACUGACGAGUAAGAUUAUGUUAAGGUCAUCCCUUGGCAUUGCAAUAGUUACCACUUUCACUUCUCAUAAUUUUAUUCAUAAGAAGUGGGUAUGCAAAAAAAUAAAUUAUGGCUUUCACUUUAUCGCUGGAGCUCACUGGAAGUAUAAAUUAUCAUUUUCAUAUACCAAACAUUGUACUUCAGCUUACCAUUGUAAGCUGAAGUAAGAAUAAGAUAAUCUAUUGAUGAGUAGCACAAUCACCAUGCCCGUAGGGGGUUGACUGCAAACUUUCACUGAUUUCUUCUGUUUUACAUUUUCAUUGAAGCCAAAUCUUUGCUUACAGAUAAAGUUGUUCUUGUUGAUUAUUGUAAAAGUAUAAAAUCAGAAAACCACAUUACUGUCUUCGAGAAAAUACCCGGGAAAGAUGAAAAAUUGAGCCAAUAAUUAUUUUGGUUGUAAUGCAUAACACAAUCUCAGAGGUAAAAUUUUUGAAAUACAUUUUUCAGUGAAAAGAACGCUCAUUUGAGCAAACAAAUUACACCUAAUGAUAACACACAAUAAACACUACAUUUGAGCCAAACUUUGACAUUUCAAGUUUAUUAAAACACUUAGAAAGGAUUCAUCAUUCCUAAGUAUCCUUUGUGUAACGCUGGGUUUCAGAAUUUGGAAGUACACCAAGUUGUUGUCCGCAGAUUGGCUGAACUGGAAUCCUGUGGGAAAAAAAACACAUCAACCGAAUGCUCAUACUUGGUGUUCUAAAAUAGCUAAAAAUCAGUCUAAAGGAUUGACCAUAAAAGGAGAAAUAUCAGUGUAAGACAGUCACUACGGUUUUCUAAAACCUGAUUAUGCAAUAAUAUUUUUCAUCAACUUACCGGGUAAUUACAAAUUUGAAUCAAAUGCGACAAAAAUGAAAUAGUUUGAAGUAAAUCAGUUGUAAUAGUAAAUGUGAGUUUAAAACAGACCUAAAGAAGUUAUUUUUUCCCAAACUAGCAAUUUUCACAUUUUCCAUACAUGUUACAGAAGUGAGUAUGGUGAUUGUGCCACUCAUCAUUAUAUCUUUCCUUAGGAUUGGAAGGUGACAUCACAUUUCUAAAAUUUUAACCUCUUUGACUUUCCAAUUUUGUGUAUUGCACUUUUGUUAGCAGUUUUAUCUGGCACUCAUUAUUUCUUGGCAGUAAUGUGCAAAGGAUAUUUGUGAAGACUGCACUGUAGUAUUUUAAUUUUAAAUGCAUCUGUUUUCUUUUUCAGCCUUUUUCCAGAGCCAUCAACUCCUUCAAAAGUAGUGGUAAAUUCCUACAUUUAGUUGUUUUAGUCAUUCAAAUGUGAAUUAUUCAGACAGUUCUUAUGUUACACAGAGUCCACACAAUGUUAAGUGCAGAUGACUUCUUCCAUUUUUCAAUUUCUAAUUGCAAUUUUUUUUUUCACAAAUCCGUCAUUUUAAGUUAUGAUGCAAAGGUUGUUACAGUAUAAUGUAACCAACAGAAAAAUGCUACAAUUCCACAAACUCAGCUACUUUAUUAAAGAUUGAGUAAUGUUCUUAACAAGGAGCGACUUCUAAAAACUGUUAGAUACUUACUAUUAAUAAACUUAAUUAGGCACACCACAUAUAUUGUAGCUCACCACUGACACAAUCUCACUGCUAUCUCCAAAGUUCCUUGAAAUGAGUAAUCUUCUGUAGUAACUCUCUCAUGCUAUAGCUUUCAAAACAGUUGUUGUUCUGACAACAACUACUCCUACUUGUACAUAAGUGAGUCUUUGCAUAUAUUCACAAAGUUUUCUGGAACAUUCCAGAAGCUUACAUAAGAACUAUUUUAGUAGUAUCACAUAAUAAGUGUGUGACCUGGUGAAGUAUUCUGGUAAGUUCUAUGGUAUGCAAGUCAGCAUGACUCCGCAGUCUGGAAAUUUCUUGAAGCGUCUCUUUAGAACAAUUACUCGUAAGAAGGUUCCUGAAACAACAAAAGUAAUGGAUAGCAACCAAAAAAUGGAAAGAGCAGAAACGUUGCUCUCACCAUAGUUUCAUAUCUGACAAUAAGCAAGAAAGUGCAUUGAAAUAUGGCGUCUGAAAGUAACAGUUGGACAUAUAAAGAAUAACUAAAGGAAUAAAUACAUGUAUUUAUUUAUUACACAGGAUGAUCUACUGGCCACAUCAUCAUUAUGGCAAAUUAAGCUUGAUUUGAGUUACCUUUCAAUUUUGACAUUGUUGUCUAAAAGUGACACAGUCUGUUUUUUUCCCCUAGAUGGAAGAUGAUUUGGCUGAUCUUAUGCUGGAAAUAGGAUAUUCAAGCUGUGCAAGGUAAGGCAAUAUAUAAUAAAUACUUGACUGUUGAGACUUACAAACUUUUGAGCCUCAGCAAAUGCAUUCUGCCCAACACAGUACUUCAUUGGAAUCCAAUCAUCUCUAUUAGACCUUUGUCUGGGAAGCCAUGGACAUCUAUAAGUUCUUGGAUCAGUUAAAUGACUCAACAAAAUGCAUUUUUCGCAGUACAUUGCUAAUGAGAUGUUACCUCACAUGUUAAAGUGAUUUCUCUGGAACUCUAUGAAUGGAUGCACCUUUUAGCCAAAUUUUGUUGUGAUAAUCUAUUGGUACACUCUAUUGUAUGUUGUAAUUUGGUCAGCCAUUCAGUUGAUGCGGGGUUUAAGAUAUGGUUUCAGUGCAGAGGAAAGAUCAAAAGGAUUUGUGCUUGUUGUACCACUGCCUAGUCAUUGGGUAUAAGUGGAAAAUAUGUUUCAGGAGUUUUUUCCCAUGCAUAUCCAUAGCUUUUAUUUAAUCUUUCUAGUGUUGAAGACUGUCAAGAUACCUUGACUAACUUUGGUGUUCAAGACAUCACACCAGCAUCAGUAGCCAGAGUACUUGGUAAGUAUCCAUCUUAGAGACUAUUGCUUUUUUGUUACCUUUAGUUGUUUAUUUUCUCUAGCUUAAAUAAUAUUGUGCUUUGUUCCAGGAGAGAAGUUCUGUUGAUGAAAGAAAAAACAAUUUAUAAUUAUCUAGAAAGUCAAGCACUAAAACAAAAUGUUGAAUUUUGCAUGGAAGUGUUUAUUUUUGCUUCAGGGAUGAUGGUCAAAACAGUGUUUGGUCUUGGUGAACAUGUUAUUGUACAGGUAUGAAUGAGUCAUUUUUAAUGUUGUUAAAGUUUGUGUAAUAAACCACACAAGCUCUGCUGUUUGGUUUGGGUCUUUAUGAGUGUGAUGAUUUUGUACAUACAUGUCACAGUCUGUAUAUUAUUCCUUGUCAAUGUUAACACUCUGUCUUAUUACAGAAUUAUGGAAAUAGUUCAGUUUCAUUAGACAAAUUGGGACUCAGUGAACUUACCCCAGGUCCUGCUACAUGGAAUGUGGAAGUUUUUGUUCAAGCAUUGAGGGAAGUGGUGAGUAAAUGGACAAAAAUCAAGGACAUUUUGAAGUGUGGAACAAGGCUCUGAGCAUAACUUUCUUUUUAAUUGCCUAUUGCCAUCUGAAAUCAUUAAAUGUUUGUCAGAAAGGAAAUAUUAUGUUGAAGCAAUGAGAGAUCAGAAUUGUGAGAAAAUGAAAUUCUGGCAAUGACUGCAAUAUGUUUCACUGAGUUUUGUUGUUUUCAAUUUGCUAGAUUCCAUUAUUCAACUGGCGCCAAGUGAUUCAAGAGUUAGAUUAUCCUGAGUUUGUUGUUCCGAGUCGGGAAGGGCUUCAGCUAUUGUUAACUGCUUGUCACAGGGGACUGAUGGAGAUAUUUCCAGUGGAUGUUCUCUACAGAACCUGGACCAACACAGAAGGCCAGGUUAGCUCAUACUUCUGUAUCUUAUUCUUCUAGUGUUUUAUCAACCAGAAUCUAAUCAGGGUUCUUUUUGUGCUUUUAGCUUUCCUGGAUCCAACAGAUCCUUGCCAGUCCAGAUCUGUUCUGUUUUGCUGACUAUCCAUGUCACACAGUAGUAAUAGACCUACUUAAGACAGCCCCUGAGGAUGAUAAUAGAGAGAUUGCAACAUGGUAACUAUGGCACUAUUGAGAUGUCCAAAGGUCAUUUAUUGCUUAUUCUGGAAUGGCAAUGUUCUAAAACUAGCCUAAGGUCUUUUUUUUAACUGUAAUAAUAUUGAUUUAGAGCAGAGGAAAUAUUUAAAGGAGUGAAUUGGAACUCAAUGUGAAAAUACUCAAAUGCUAAAGCCUGUCAAAACAGACUGUAAGUGACAAAGCCACAAUAAUUUCAGCUUUGGUGUUCAUUUCCAAGAAAAGGCAAAUUUAUCAAUUACUUUAGGUGCCUGAGAGUUGUGGAUUAAUCCAGUUUUCAUAAAAAAUAAUUUAAAAAAUAACUAUAUUUUAGCAUGCAUUUUAGCUCAACAGUUUUCCUUUUACAUGGCACUUUUGUUUUGUUUGUGGUCAUUAGUGCUCCAAGUAUAUGUACCAAAUUAGGUCUUCAUUUCCCCUGUAUCACUUAUGAUUUUGCUGAUACCUUACUGACUUAAGCAUAAUUCUCUUAAAACUUCAUGAUAUCAUUUUUGUAUUUUUCUUGCAGGAAAUCUCUCAAUCUGUCAGAAACCUUGUUAAGACUAGCAGAGGCUGGUCACUACGACACAGUAAAAUCUUUGUUUAAUUUUCCUUUGAAGCACUGCCCAGAUGUUCUGCUGCUUGCCUUGCUGCAGAUAAAUGUAGGUUGAGAUUUGUUCAGUUUUAGCUAUUAUAGAAAUAAGUCAACAUUGUAUCAUUUUGGUUGCCAGCUGCUUUACAUGGUUAAAGACAAGUAGAUACCUUUACAAACCUUCAUAACAGUAUUUUGAGAUCUACUUUGGGUUGUUGAAAAUUGCUACCACUUGGAAAGAAAUCUUCACAUCUAUUAGUUUGCUGGGGUAGACAAACACCAAAACAAGAAUAAACCUCUGGGGGACAAUAAUGGUCUGGAAUGGAUAAAUUUAACAAGGAAAAGGAAAUGGAAAUGGUCAAGUUUUAAAAAUUUCUAAGAAGUGCAAACCUUCCAAGAUGCAACUUUUUACUACCAGCUCCUAGUUGGUAGCCUGUAGUGCACCUGGAUGUGUCACUCAAUACCUUAGGCAAAAACAGUAACGUGCAUGUAUGUAUGCAGGCUGUCUGUGGUGCAGACUUCUUGAUGAAGGCUGCUCCCAUGUUUAGUAAAUCCUGGCAACCCAGCCAUGAGAAGAGAUGAAAAACACUUUGAAAGCAUUGAAAAGGGAUUGGAAAGAGUAACAGUACCUGAUAAAUUAAGAUAGAACACAGUUUUACUUUAAUCUUUUGUAGAAAAAGGAAUCCUGACGCUUGACCUUGGUCAGUUGACUGUUAUCCAUUUAAAAUGUACAAAGACUUAUUGAUGUUGUUUUUUGCAGCCUCUAUGGCUUUCACUUCGCAAUGAGCUUGUGUCACAACUCAUCCCAGUGUUUUUGGCUAACCAUCCCAACUCUGGCAGUGUUUUGCAUUAUGUGUGGCAUGGUCAGGUAUGUGACAAUCAACAGACAGCCUUACAUAAUUUUCAAAGUUAAAUAUAGAUUAGAUUGUUACUACAAUCAAAGUUUUCUUGAAGGACACUGGGAUAAUAUGCUGACAGUUCUACUAUUGGUUGCAUUCAUGAAAUCUGUUUUCUAAAGGUUAGUCUUUUCCAUAGGGCCAAUCAGCAUCAAUUCGCCAACUUGUGAUGCAAGCCAUGGCAGAAUGGUAUGUGAAAGGAGACAUGGAUCAAGGAAGGCUAUCCAGGAUCUUGGAUGUGGCUCAGGACCUUAAGGUCAGAAACAUUUUGUUCUGGCCACUGUAUCAGUAUGGCUCUCAUUUAUGUUUCUCACAGGCCCUAUGAGAGCUGUCCAGAGGCAUGUUUUGCUGCUUGGGCAAUGGCAUAUGGUAGAUUGUCCAACCAUUCAUUAUAAAAUCUAAAAAAAAAAUAAAUGAAUGUGCUUACAGUUUCUUACUUUUUUCUUGCAUUAAUGGCAGAAUGAUUUGUUGAUUUUCUUUCAGGCCCUGUCCAUGCUUCUGAAUGGAUCUCCAUUUGUGUUUGUAAUUGACCUUGCUGCUCUGGCAUCACGCCGAGAAUACCUUAAGUUGGAUAAGUGGCUAAAAGACAAACUUAAAGAGCAUAAGGUGAUGGAAAAUUUCUUACUGUAAUGUGAAAUUUCAAGACAGGUGUACUUUUAAAUGAUAUUGUGUGAUUGUUAGGGCUAGAGAAGCCCUGAAAAUGUUUGUUUUGUUGAUUGUUGUUCUGUAGUGCAAUUUGUUUUGAACGCUAAAUUGGCCACUGUAAAGAGUUUCUAAAGCUGACAUGGGGAUAAUGCUCCAAAUAUCAGCUUCAGAAACUCUUUAUGGUGGCCAAUUACAUUAUCAAUUCACUUGAUAAAAUUAAAUUUAUCUCUUCUUGUAGAAACCUUACUCAGAUAGUCACACUACAGAAUCAAGUUUUACUCCUUCCCUUGGACCAUUCACUGAUCAAUAUUUUUGCUAGAUUGUGUUGUAACCUCAUUAUUUUGUGGAUCAUUUCAGGAGGAAUUUGCUCAAUCAUGUAUUGUUUUCUUGAGACGUCGCUGUCCCUCUUUGCUCGGGGUUACUAUUGACAAAGAACUUCCAAAGAGUGCUCAGCUUCCUCAGGAGACAGUGGUUACCAUGCUUUCAUGCCUCCAGGCAUUUUUAAGGUCAGUGUUUGAAAGCACACUGUCAUUCGUCUCUGAGAACAUAUGGUGAGGGUUAUAUUGUACAGGAAAUGAUACGUUCUUUGUUAAGGUCACCAAGGCUAAAUGGAAAUUGCUUGAAUUUUAUAGUCAAGCACCUCCAGAACUUGCAGAAACCAUCAGUCAGAUGUUGACUAACCAUGGUCCCCUGGUGAAGGCGCGACCUAGUGCUGCUGUGGUUGGAAUUCCAUUCAAGAGACAAGGAAGCUUGGAUGCAGGACUACCUCCAAACCUUUCUGGCCAGGUAGAAUGGAGACUUUGAAUAUCAAUCUCAUGCACGAUCCUUUUUCUAAUUAUUACUUAUUAUUUGUUUCUGUGUGUUUGUUUUUAGCUUGACCCUCUGACAGGGCUCAACAUCCCUCAGUCACCUCUCCCUACAACCCCAGCCACACCCACUACCCAGUUACCAUCAUUCCCACCCCACCCCCUCACUGGUUCUGUACUCGGACCCACAAGCAGCCUUGGAGCUGUUGGUAGCAUGAGCACAGGUCUGCCCCAGGCUGUACAAAAGCCACAGUCUCAGCUUGGACAGCUUCCUCUUACAACACCAGCAACAUCAAGCUCAGGGCUACAGUCCCCAAGUUUCAGCUCUUCGCAGAAUCCCCUGUUGUCGCAGCUUCAUCAAGCAGGUGGGCUAGGACAGUCUAUUGGUGGAUCAGCACUGGAUGCCAGGCUCUUAGUAGGCCUUGGAAUCCAGAAACAGCUUGGGGGCUCUUUACUACAGCAACAACAACAGCAACAGCAAAGUGCUCUCCUCUCUCAGUCAAGAAAUCAGGCAGAUAAAUUACGACAAGGUGAGAGUGAGUGCAUUGAGCAGCCUCAAAUUUUUGUCACUAUGAGUGUGCAUCAAGCACCACUUACGGCUUGGACUCCUCCCUUGUCACUCAGUGUUGUCGAGGGAAUAGCCUGAAAUCAAGAAAAUGUUGUUUUUGUGGUUAAAAAAAGUUCAACCUUCUCACAUUUCCUCUUUUUGUGAUUGUCAGCUGCUUCCACAGCAGAUGUUGCUCAAGUGUGGCCAGGUAUGGAUCAGUCCUUCACAAAAGAAGUAGAGGAUGAGGCGAACUCGUACUUUCAGAGAAUUUACAAUCAUCCCCCGAAUCCUACCAUCAGCAUUGAUGAGGUGCUCGAAAUGCUGAAGAAAUUCAAAGAUUCACCUGUCAAGAAAGAGAGGGUGAGUACCGUUAUUCCCGGAACAAUUUGGGUGACAGUCAAAUUUUUAUAUAUAUAGCAAGGUUUUGUCUAGUAAAUUUAAAUAAAAUCAAUAACGAUCACUUUUUUUCUGUUCUCUUUUUAGGAUAUUUUUCUCUGCAUGCUUCGCAAUUUGUUUGAAGAGUACAGAUUCUUUCCUCAGUAUCCAGACAAAGAGCUUCACACAACUGCUUGCUUGUUUGGUGGAAUAAUUGAGCAGGGACUUGUAACGUAAGUCAAUAGUAGUAGCCAUCUUAUUUUUUUUCAGGUUCAAAUUACUGUAGCUGAUAUUAUGGUCGAUGAUUAAUCGAAUAAAUCUGUAGGUUUGAAUAUGGAAAGUAUAACGUCCAUAUCUUUCAGGUACAUGGCCCUUGGAAUUGCUUUGCGUUAUGUCCUGGAGGCCUUGAGGAAACCGUUUGGCUCAAAAAUGUACAUGUUUGGAAUAGCUGGGCUCGAUAGAUUCAAGACAAGGUAUAUUAUUCUAGAUGCUUUUAAUCUUAGUAGUGGUUAGGAAAAGUACACUCUGGAAACUGUUUAGUGUUUUUUAUCUGCUUUCAAAGAGUGUAUGUUAAAAUUAACCACUGAACACGGUGAAUGAAAUUCCAAAAAGCGACAAAACACAAAUUUUGUUUUACCUGUCAAAAUGUCCAAUUUCGGACGUCGUCAUAUUGAAAGCAACUCAGUGAUUGUAUAGACUUCAACCAAGAUGGCGGCUCACAUCUUACUUUUCUGGUUUCGCUUUGGUUAUCGCAAAUGUCAUAAGGAUGUCUGAAAACGUAGAAUUACAAUCUAAGAGUGUUUCUUUCCCUUUUCUUACUUUGUUAUUAGUGGAGGGGAAAAUUGAAAUAAAUAUUUGGAGCUGAUCUUUCCCUUAACAUAAUUCUUGUGAAGUGUUGUAGAGGCGAUAAUGAAGGUUCUUUGUUUUCAAACAGGCUCAAAGACUACCCGCACUACUGCCAGCAUCUUGCAUCAAUCCCGCAUUUUAUGGAAUUCCCGCCCACGUUAAUAGAGUACAUUGAGUAUGGACAGCAAUCUAGAGAGCCACCAUUGGGGAGCAGAAAUGUACAAGUAAGUGGCAGCAACAUAAAAUAAAAUAUUCUAUAUGUUUUAGCGCUUUGCUUUUUGUCUACCCUGACUAAAUCCUAAUGUUGAGGUGCACGUCAAGUCUUGUGUGAAAAGUUAUUAUGGAAUUUCGAUUCUUGGAACCUCCUGGGAAAAUUUGGUGUGAAACAACUUUUUUUUAGUGGAUAAGGGCUGAAAUAUUGUGAGUUUCGAGGGAGAGAGAAAAAGAACCUGCGAAUUCUGGAUUGUGCCUAAUGUGUUAACCAACUUCUUUGUUCAAAGUUGAUUUCACUUUUUCUCAAACUUCUAGGUAAGUUUUGAUGAGAAAAAUAUUUCAAUGUGUCUCUAGACAGAAGUUUCAUAUAUUCAAAUUUUUCUUUUCAAGAGCUAAGUCUCUCUUUGAGUGUAUGCAGUAGUUCGGUAUUGUAUCAAUAUUAUACGAUUCAAGUGCAUAAAACUCGCACCGCACUUUUGCGCUUAUGUUCGUAACGUGGACAAAUUCGCUGUCGCACCACCCUGUAAUACUGCAAUUUAUGGAGUUUUUAUCAUUCAAGUUUUCAAAAUAACGCCUAAAUUGGUCUUCAUUUAGCUGAAUAAAGGGGUAAGUUUCUAAGGAAACUGUGGUGCUGCGUCGGUGGUAGAGUAUAACAGGGUAAUUUAGUAUUAUCAACUGAGUUGAUAACGUAAAUUGGCCUUCAUUAAGAGUCUAAAAGCUGACGUUUCGAGCGUUAACCCUUCAUGAGACCCAUUUAACUGCUCUUACGAAGAGCUAACGCUCAAAACGUCAGCUUUUAAACUCUUUACGGAGGCCAAUUUACGCGAUCAACUAAGUUGAUAAUACCAAAUUACUUCAUUUAGCUGACCUUGUUUCCUCUUGAUCCGAGAAUCCUUAUUUGGACCUUAACGUUGUUUCUUUUAAUCUCCCAAGGACCCUUUGGCGUCAAGAUUGCUCAACCGAGCUACUCCAACUCUGACCAGUGUAUCAGGUACCUCGACCUUCACCAGCACAGCAGUCAGCAGACCGGUUCCCCUUGGUCCUUCCAUUCCCUCCAUCCCGUUAGGUUCAGGACCAGUGCCAUCAUUACCUCUGGUCCCCUCUGUCUCUUCAACGAACACUGCUGUAUCGUCGCCUUCUAAACCAGUGACAACAUCAUGUAUGGCUUCUGUCAUCCCGAUAUAGAGUCCCGAGCUCAACUUUUAUCAAAUCCAAACUUGGUUAACCUAAAAUCGUGAAAUGUCCGCCAGAUGUAAAAUUUUAGUCGCCAUCGUUUAUGACAUUGAAUGCGAUUGCUUAUCUUAUUAUGAGGUUUAACCCGUAAACGCACACACGCUGGUCUGAUUAUCACUUUUCUUCAUCUGGAUUGAGAGUUUUUUCUCCUUUCAUUUUCCAAAAAGGAAGUUGUUUCUUGAGUCAAAGAGGGCAAAUUUUACAUAACAGUUUGCUUGAUCCGACGGAAAAUGUCUAUCUGCCAUGAAACGAAAUAACCGUUGUGAUAUUCCAUUUUCACAUACCAGUCAUGCGUGACAUUAUGCAUAUAACAGAGUAAAAUGCCCGAAUACUGAAUGACUUUAACAAGCAGAUUGUUGCCACAAUAAGCAGGAUACGUGCCAAAUCCACGUAUGGAUAAGGGAGGGGUAGAUACUGAUUUGAAUCGGUUUAAAAAAACCUUAUUGGAUGAACUAACAGGCUGUUUAGCUGCACAUUAGUAUGUUUUUCAUCAUCCUCAUCGUUUCAGUAGAGUACAACAGUUCUUUUAUUAAUCCUUUGACCCCUAAGAGUGACCAGCAUCUAAUUUCUCCUUACAAUAUCACCUCUGAAUCAAAAUCAAAGUCACGAGAAUAAUGGAAAUGAUCAUCGACUAAAGAGGCUCUUGAUUUUGAAAUUAACUCUCAUUGUGAGUACCUCGGAAAAUGUAUGGAGAACAGAGUGGAGAAUAUUUCUAUUGAUUUCAAGGUGUUAAGGGUUAAAAACAGGGACGACGGCAAUCAAUAACGUUACUGAUUCAUGGAUUUAUUUGAUUUUAGCUGCAUCUCCCGUUCGAGGCAAGGAACCAUCCAUUGCCACUGCAAACAAUAUUGAUACCUUACUGGGUGCUACGGAAUCGAGUGAAAUAGUUCAACCACCAGAAAAUAUUCAAGAUAAAGUACAUUUUAUCUUCAACAAUAUCUCCCAAGCCACUCUGUCACAGAAGGUUAGUGUGAUGAUUUUCCUUGUUAUUCGGUAUAAAUUAGUUCUAAUAAAUUUCACAGACUUCACAGUCACUCUGAAAAAUUUUAUCACCUAAAGAUGGCUUUAAAAAAAUAGAUUAUUGAAUAAUGAAUAAAAGGACAUUUAGCUUGGUUUGUCUGUCACAUUCUUGGUGGAAACUGAUCGCUGCACUUAAAAGGUAAAGAUUUCCCAAAUCUUUCAAAACUGAAUGAAGUAGCUUGCACCGAGAAAGUCCAAACUAGCUUCAGCAAGUGAUCUGUGGCGAAUAUAGAGCAGUUUUCAAUUGACUGUGCAAAGUAAUCCUGGAUUAUAUAGGAUUUGCUUUACUUUUUUUCUAUCAUUGGUCCUGAAAACUUCCGCCACUCUCUCAACCAAUCAGAGACACCAGAGACAUGCGCUUCAGGCUUAAGGUUUUUACUUUGUGUACUCAUUGGCUCUUAAAGUUAUUUUUCUUCUUUCUGAGAGGCCUUUUUUAGACACUUUGCUUUUGAUUAUACAACACUCAAUCGUAAACACCCUGAUACACAGAAUGGCAUUAACUGCUCGUGCAUUUCGUUGUUAUUGUUCCUCAAGAUGUUUUGAAAGUUUACGUUAUUUGAAAACUUCUGACAUAUAUCACGAAAGGUAUACACGUUCACGCGAUUUCUUAUCUCUACGGGUCUUCGUUUGAUUUACUUUCGCGUGUAUUUCCUUCCAAGGCUGAAGAAAUGAAAAAUCUUGUCCAGAAUGAGUACACUUUGUGGGUAUCACAAUACUUGGUGAUGAAGAGAGCCAGCAUUGAACCUAAUUUCCAUCAGCUUUACUUGGAGUUUAUGGAAUCACUCGACAUUACAAACUUUUCCAAGGAAGUGCUUAAGGAAACAUACAGAAACAUCAAGGUGUGUAGCUAUGAAAUCAUAGACUGUUUGACUCUUCAAGUUCUAUCGCAUCCUUACAUCAGUAUGCAUAUUCCCCUUACUGUUUUCCAUACAAUUCUUAAGGUACUGAUUACGAGAAUUCGUUUAUUUAGGAUUUUUUUUUUAGGUGGCGAUUAUUUCCUUUAUUCUCAAUACGUAAAUGUGGGAUUCAGGAGUAAUGGUGUAGGGAGAAGUUAAGAUACUAGUCACUCUAAGGGGUUCACGGGUUAACGGUUGAUUGCUUUUUGCGUGAACCUAGCGCACAAAGUAUUUCGUUUAGAAAGUAAUUUUGUAAGCGAGAUCUUUUUAUUGAACUUUAAAAUGUGUAAGAAAUGGUUUAAUACAGUUGUGAUUGUGAUUUCACAACCAAGCGUACAUCUAACUCGGAACAAGGGAUAAAAAUAAACUUUCGAGUUAACUUAUUUUGAGACUUGCUGAACAACUGCUUAGUAAAGCUACAGCAAUUUAUCAGGCAUUUGUCGUUGAAAAUACAACAACUAGAAGCCAUGAUAACUCACUAGGUAUUGGCCAACAUAAGUAGCUAUCUGCAGGAUUGUAUAUCCAGGAGAUUUAUUUCCCCAACUCUUUUGACUACUAGAGGUGGCCAAAAAGAUUUUUCGGUCAACCGUAUAAAUGCGUUUCAAGAAAGAAGGUAUUAUGACGGUUUAGAAAAAUCUCACUGGGGGAUUAAUUUCUGAUUUAACACCGAAUUCUCUGAACUGAAAUUACGUGAAAUGUACAGCAGACAGUGCAGAAAAAUGUUACUUAGAUCCUUAAAGUGAAAAUGUUAAGGUAACAGACGCUGAAGGUUUAAGUGUUACGACCCGUUUUGUUAAUACUUAUACUAUUUACGCAAACUUCUUUAGGUGCUUCUACAGUCCGACAAAGUCCCGGCAAACUUCUCUGACCGAUCGUUGCUAAAGAACCUCGGCCACUGGUUGGGACUCCAGACCUUGGCCAGAAACAAACCUAUACUAAUGAAGGUACUGUUCAAGUGAUAGCUUGACUCUACAGUUGUUGUUGACUUUAUCUGGUGAAAUUCGGUCGAAAUCUUUUGUAUUUCUUUUGUCUGUGGUGGCUAUCUAAAAUAUGAAGAAUAAAAACUUAAAAAAGUAUGUGGUGAUUGGUUAACGUUCGUGUGUCAACGUUCGUGUUGUCCUGAAAAGGAUUCCUCUCAGGGUGAGUGGCAGAUGUGUCAGCAACCUGAGAGGACGUCAUUAUCGGAGUAAAGUGGUAAAGUUUAUUAAAAAGCAUUUAUUACACUUAUUUGCCACCUAUUUGCACAUGAGGUCAUAGGGUUUUAAGGGCUAAAACCGUCAUUUUGAUCGUUUUGUUUUUGUCAGGAUCUUGAUGUAAAGUCGUUGAUUAUCGAAGCGUACUUUAAAGGACAGCAGGUAUGCCGAUUGGAGAAUUAUUUUGUAUUAUUUUUUUUGAAAUGUGAGGUAAUUUUUUCCGCGGAAGUGCUGCUAAAUAACCUACGUAAUGAAACGUAAGUAUUUAAUUCUUACUCUGGGUAGCACACUUUGAGUCCAGAUAAAUGAACGUAAGACACCUGGAUUAUAUCAUUGGGAAUGAGACAAGACUAUUGGUUUUGGAGCCAUGCGGCAAUUCGUCUUGACAGGGCGUGAAAUUGCGCCUAAUACAGGCGCCAAUGCGACUAAAUUUUUUACUUUGGCGACCAAAUCCUGAAAAUUAGUCGCCAAAUUGGCGACUAGAAUAUUUCAUCAUAACCCUUUCCUAGAGAUAUAGUAAAUUAAAAAGAUUUGCAAAGAUAAAUCCGCGGCAAACUUCCUCAUUAAGUUUGUUUCCAAAACGCAGCACAUGCAUCUCGAUCAAUAACUAGAUUUAGGAUGGAUUUAGGUAGUUUGAACGUUGCAUAUCAUGCAUUCUAUUGUCCACUUUGUAGCACGUUAAAGAUCUUUUCCCUAACUUAAUUUCUAGAACGAUGACAGCGUAAAAAAAGGGUUUGUUUGUCUUUGAAAAUGGCGACCAACUUUUUUUGAUUGGCUACCACUUUGGAGAAUUUAGGAGCCAAGUGGCUAUCAGAAAAAAAAAAGUAAUUUCCAGCCCUGUGGUACUGGAGUUAGUGUUGACCCGUUCAUUGUUAUUUUGCCCUCAAGAAUCAAGUAACGGAGAGUAACCGCUGGUCAAAAUGUGAAUCAGUGCUUACCAGGUUUUGUUUGUUUGCUUACUCCAUAAAAGGAAAUGCUCUAUGUUGUUCCAUUUGUGGCGAAAAUCAUAGAAUCCUCAGCCAAGAGUAGAGUGUUUAGGCCGCCCAACCCGUGGGUGAUGGCCAUCAUGUCAGUGUUGGUUGAGCUGCAUCAAGUACCUGACUUGAAGGUGAGUAAUUAUAGGAGUUAGAGACGGACGGACGGACGUUCUGGACAGAGGCCGCAUACGGUUCAGUCGUGGAUUAAGAGUAUUUUUCGCUGGAGCAGGGAGCCGAUCUCUUGUCCGUAGUGUUGGUUUUUAAAGUUGAUAAAAAUCGCAAUAUUUUAGAGCAGCUGCACGGACCUUUCAGAAGUCGCUCGUUUUUCAAAACUGCCCUUUUAACGCUCUUUAAUAUCUUUGGUAUAAAUUAUUCUCUUUCCGUGGUCCUUCCGUGUUUUUUGCUCUCCUUCUUUCGUCUUCCUCAUUUCCCCCUCAUUUCCUCUCAUUCCUUCUUUAUCCGCCUUCCUUCUCCUCCUCCUUGCCAAAUCUUCUCGCCUCCUCUCUCUCAUUUACAACCCUUCUCUCCAUAUAUUCAAACCUUUUGUCCUUAAUAAUGCACAUGAUAUAUUCAUGAAGUAUUGUACCAUUCUUUGCUUUCGUAAACUUUUCUCUUUUUCCCUUAUUGUAGCUGAAUCUUAAAUUUGAAGUAGAAGUCCUUUGCAACACGCUAUCCAUUGAGAUGAAGGUAAGACAUGUCUCAGUGAACCCUUACCAUGUCCAAGGAACAAGUGUCAUCGUAGCUGUUAUAUUAAUGUUCCCCAAUUUUGUCUCCCGCAUUGCUCAACCAGGUGCACAAGAAUGUUUGUACCUUAACGCCUCACCAGCCGAGCCGUAAGGUCACUUAUUUAAUUUAAAAAUAUGUACAGAUAUGAACCGAGUUAAAAGAAAGAUUAAAUGCACCAAAGCCGAGCCGCCAAGAUGUCAUCCGUGGGGUUGAAGGGUUGAAGGGUAGCCCUUUGUUUAUACCAAUGAAUAGACGUCACUGUACGGAGGCUAUAUUCGCUAGGAAACCGAAAACCACAUGAUGAUAUCAAACGAGAAUUUAUCGUUACCGUGACACGGCAAAGGCUGACCUUGAGCUCCAAAUUACGAACCUUAAGCUCGUAACAUUCUGUGCGCCUGUGGCUCUUCCUCAGAUCUCUGAUACGUGCCGGGCGUCAUGGUCAUUUAUGAUAAUCACAGUGCUACUUAGGUAACGAACGAAGUUUUGGACUUAAAAUGAAGUAGUAGUCUGUGAACAAUUCUUUAUCAGAUGUUUCAUCUUUUUGUCGUUAUUAAGUUUUUUUUUUUUUUCAAGGAAAUUAAAGCUUCAGAGCUGCUCAAGGAUCCUGAAAAACUGAAGCACAUCCCUCACCAGUUGUCUUCUCCAGAGAAAGACAAACAGAGUAAGUGCUUAAAUUAUAUACAACUUCUCAUCAUUCAUGAAUUUCUUUUGAUUCUAAGUGCAACAUGUUGGAAUUAUUUCAACACUUUGACAGUCCUUCGAUUAUUCUUUGCCAAGAGGCUUUUAAGAGUAGAAUACUGUCCUAAUUUUCGCAUUUUAAGCGAAGAAACGCGAAUAUGAAAAAUGAAUCUGCCCUCAUCUAAAGCGUUAACGACGGAUGUGCUUUUUUUUUAACCUGCAAUAUACCCUUAGGCUUGGCUGCGCGCAAUUUUUGUUUGUUUUUAAUUACUCAUUCCACAAUGCGCUGCUAGUUUGUUGUUUUAUUGUUUCCUCGGGUUUAGCGAAAAUUACACUGCAUCUACAUCUAGAAGAGUUCACACUAACCAUAUUUUUCCAGCUGAAGUAAUGAUUGUUUCGUUGUAUUUCAUCCUUGUCUCCAAUUAGCUGCGGCUAGUAGCAGUUCUACGCCUACCCCCACAGGUUCAUCUCAACAAGGACAGCCUCCUGUGGCACCUCCACCCCCUCAGUAUUCAUAUCAGGAGAUUAAUGUAGCCUCACUCGCAGGGCUGGCACCACACAUUCAGGUUAACACGCAGGUAUGUCAUCGUCCAAGAUGUGAGAGCUAAAAUCCGCAGAUUUGAAAUCUUCCCUUACUUACAGUACUUCAAUGUCAUCAUAAAGGUCUAAGGCCUUGAUAAGAGUGCUGAAGAAGAGUAUAAUAGUCAUAUUUAGCGUGUUACGAACUGUCUGGAACAAAAAGGAUGCUACUGGCUUAGCAUUGAGAACUUUUGGGUUGAUUUCAGAUGAUUAGAUUAAAAGAUUUCGGCAAAAUGUCUCGAUUUUCACAACCUGUGAUGUGUAGCAUGAGUGUAUUACAAGAAGAUUUGUGGAUGUUUAAUCGCAUUGCCAUGAUUAUAAUAUUUAAACAAAGGAGCAAACGAACGAGAGCACGAACGAGCGGACCACUAUGUGUUUCUUAGCGUCAAUUUUUCUCUGCCACCAGAUCCCACUGUUCCAGCAGCACCCACAUCUUAAACAGUUUGUACGUCCAGCUAUUGAGAGAGCCGUGCAAGAGCUUGUUCAUCCAGUGGUGGAGAGAUCCAUUAAGAUUUGCCUUACCACAGCUGAGAUGAUAGUGAAGAAGGUGGGUUUCGGUGUGAAAUGGACGGUAUUGUUUGAGUUUUCGAUCCUGUUAUAGACUACGAGCAGUUCCCCUUUUCGGCGGAGUCUGUCGUGCGAGUCAAGAAAGAUCACUAAUUCGCCCCCCCCAUCACUCUUGGAGGGGCCCCCUGCGGCGCACCAACAUAAUUUUAUUAUUUCACGGUUUAUUUUUUCCGAUUCGCGCGAGGGACUUCGCCGAAAAGGAGGGAAUGCUCGUGAUCUAAUUCUUUAGCAGGUUUUUGCGUCGUCUUGGUAACCGGAUUGGAUUUUUUUCUCUCCAAAGGAUUUUGCCUUGGAUCCGGAAGAGUCCCGAAUGAGAGCCGCCGCCCAUCACAUGGUCCGCUUCAUGACAGCAGGCAUGGCUCUGAUCACGUGUAGGGAACCGCUCCUUAUUAGCAUCAAUAACAAUCUUAGAUCGAACUUCCAGGCUGCUCUGAGGGUGAGUAUGAUAAUUAAAUCGAGCAAAAUCACGCGGAGCGAUUAGAUCCUUUGUAUAGACUACAUUCUGUUAGUUAUCAUCACUCAAAUUUCGAAAAUCCCUGGAGGAACACAGGGUUAGCAAAUCUUGUGCCUCAAAGUUUUCUUGUUUGUUUGUCUUUUUUAUCUAUAUAUCACUGAAAUAACCCUUAGGACGUCAAAAAAGCAUGGAAGCAAUACUUUAGAGCCAAAACCAUCAUCCCCAAAAGAAGACAUAAACUAGGGUUUAAUAAUCUGAAAGAGAUCUAUUUAGGAGAAAGGUCAAUUCAGGGGAGUCCAUUCCGGAGGGAAUACGUUGUGUAAAAUCUUGUAACAAAAUCUUUGACUUCAGGGUGCUAACCAGCAGCAAAAGGAAUUGAUUGAACAAGCUGCAUCUGUCAUCAGUGAGGAGAACACAGAACUGGCGUGUGCAUUCAUUCAGAAGACAGCGGUAGAGAAAGCUUUACCUGAGAUGGACAAACGUCUCACUACAGUAAGGAGUGUGGUUGUAGACUCUGAUUUCUAAUAUGUACUGUACAAUACGCUCUGUAGAACGCACUUCGAUUGAGCCUCGAUAAAAACAAAACUGAGGCAAUCGAAUGGGGUCAGAGAUUACAAAGACGAACAUUACAAGGAACCAAUGAGAAUUAAAAUGGAUUGUAGUAAACUGCUUAAAGGUUUAAAAAUAUGCGUGACUAAGCACCGGAUUCGCUUUGGUUUUGUGUCUGAUUGAUUGAUAUAAGGGCGGUUUUUCUGUUGACCACCAAGUUGUUUUACAUGGAUUAAUGUGUUUUGCAGGAGUUUGACGUUCGUCGCCAUGCUCGUAGUGAGGGACGGCGGUACUGUGAUCCAGUGGUUUUAACAUAUCAGGCAGAGCGCAUGCCUGAACAGAUUCGACUGAAGGUAAGCGUAAUUGGAUAGUGCUGUCUGUAAUCCUCGUUUCAAGCCUCCAAACCAAUUUGAGUUCACAAAGCAGAUUAAUACCUUGUGUAUGAAAUGAAAUUGGAAUAUGAGUUACCGACUGAUUAAGCCGAAUAUCUCGGAUAAAUCUCGAUACAAUUUUCAUCCAAAGAGUUAAAAUGCACGCGACACCUUCUUGUAACUUGUGGAUGCUUAUCCGUGUCAGGUUGGUGGAGUAAACGCCAGUCAAACAGCUGUGUAUGAAGAGUUUGCACGAAGUAUUCCUGGAUUCCAACCUCCAGCUGCAGGCGAAGCCAUCUCCACUCCACCUCUGCCGAAACCUGUCCAGUACGAACAUGGAAUACUCGGCAAUGCUGAGGUGGGUUGGAAAAUUUUUUUGGAUUCAGAGAUUUUAAUUGUUUCAAGUAAAGAUGGUUUCAAAGUUGUGUGGAGCAAUUCUAGUACCUCAUUGUGGUUGAUAGUCAAGCAUGGACGAUUGGGUAAUUGUUUUAGAAUUGAAGUGACAAGUUCAACUAAACUCGUCGCUGCUUAAACCGCAAGUUGUUCUGUGAAAGUAUUGAUUACUCCCAAACUCCGUUGUGGCAGGUUCUUUGCGCUCUUGGCGAGAGGAUUUUGAGGCGGUUGUUUUUUUACCAUCCUCAAGCGCUUUGGUAGCUAUUGACUGAAACGUCUCUCCCUGUAUUCUUGUCGUCCACCGAUUAUUUAUGCACUAUUGAUGAUUGCCUGAAAGGUGACUCAAGGCAGGCUGGGUUGCACAAAUUUGUUAGCCAUAUGAGGAUUACUUUAUCUGGCGGCUGGCUAGCCACAAUUUGGGGAGUUCUCUGGGCUCCCAACGGGGCAGCUUUUGUUACCAUCUGUUUCUGUCAAGUUUCAGGAGCAGUACACUUCACUUUUCCUAUGGAUGAAGAGGUUACUUAUGUAUAUGAGGCUAAUUGUUGUUAUUAAUUUUUUUGUCAUUUUUUUUUUCACCAGGCCUUUAUGCCUGAGGAGGUGGUACAGAUUCUCGGUAAGUGUGCAGCAGAAAUCGAACAACAUCUGCACGCCAUCAUCGCUCCGCCCACCAAUCAGCAUGUCGUCACUAUACACAGCCUGCUGGACGCUGUAGUGCAGGCGCGAAUUUCAAGAGACAACAUGACUGCUCUGAGGCUGUUACACAAGGUUUGUGGAGUCAAACAUCGUUUUAUGUGGUCAGAUUAGAUGCUGUCACUUUUAAUAACAGGACACACUUCAACAUGAUGUAAAUGACCACCUGGACAUACAGUGGAGGCUCGAGCUGCUUAUUGCUUUGCCCCACUUACCGGUAGUCCUACGACCUCUUUUGGGGUUGAAACUAUGCUAAGUGUACACAAAACCGGCUAAUUUUUCGUUUGCUUUGUGUUAGGCUGUAGAGGGUCUUCUUGAAGGAGUUGCGCCAUUAGCUACUGAUGCAGAGUUGUCUCUAAGAUAUCGUGAUUGUCACCUGAUAGUACUUAGAGGACUACAGGACCCCAGAGGAUAUGGACCCAUGUGGACCGCCCGUCACGUGACCAAGUUAGUAACAGGAACCGUUCAUAACGUUGUUUUUCCAUUCCACGUAAAAAGUGAUUUUUUCCAAUUUACACUACCUUUACUAUGAGGUGGUGUCUUCAAGUUGGUGUUUCAUGGGCAGAUAGGUUUUCAUACACGUAGACAACACUGUCAAGACAAGGAUAGUAGGGAAUGUUAGGAUAAAACACCAGUUUUCCUUUAGAACAAUCAAAUAAAUUUAUAGAUAUCAGUUAAGAGAUUUAGUAUUUAGAUAGGGUGGGAAAAGUUGGCUGAUUUAUUUAUUUAUUUAUUUAUUUGCCCUUAAAAACCUCGGGAUUGAAUACCAUGGCUUGACAUGGUGCCAUGAAAUCUAAUUUUGCUUUUUCUAAAAUUUUUUCCAGGUUCGUGUGUGAUUGUCCACCUGACUUGAAGUUUAAUGUAGACGCCAUUGACAUUUUGAUCCGUAGCCACUUGAUCAAUAUGAGAGAGUUUGAUCUUCAUCUUGUUCAGGUGUGUUAGCUAUGUGUGGUCAUCUACACAGAUCGAUUUCCACUUGAGUGUAUUUCGAUUAAGUACUGUGGUCCUAAAACUAAUUAUAUUGUGAGUGCCAAACGGAACAAGGAAAAGCUUAACAGAGCCGAUUAUAAUUCAUUGUAAAAACAAUCAAACUACCAGAAGUGCGAGAAAUCGCGAAUGACUUAGUUGCGGUUGGUUUUGGUUUCGCAUCUGAUUGGUGGAGAGUGUAGCUUGAGUAGUUUCAACCAAUCGCAGAGCAAAGAACACCCAUGCAAUCCCGGAUGACGUAUGACGCCCAAUUGAAUUGUUUUGUUAAAAUUUCAAGUUCAAUUUUGUGAUUAUUAUUUCCUUUUAUUUGACUUAACGGUUUUUGUUUGUUUGUUUCGUUUCUAGUGUAUUGACAAUGGUCACAAUCUGCAGGCACUUCACUUUGCUAUUCAGCUUGCUAAAUACGUUUCCGAUGAGAAGCACAGUCCACAUGUCACAGAGGUAAAGGCGGUUUUAAGUGCGAAGUAUCAAUACACAUUAACAAACAUUUAUGUCAUCUAAGUCGAUGUUUUAAGAUUUGAUGACGUGGGAAAAAACGGAAAAUGCGGCUGAGCAAGGAAUGUUAGGCUUUCGGUGUUAAAUAUCAUCUCUUACAAUAGCUAUAAUUUUAUGUGAUAUUUUUAUUGUCUCUUUUAAUUGUAGAAUGAUCUUUAUCACACAAUUGAAGCUCUAACGAGGAUAGCUCACAGCAGGCAGAAUAAUGAAGGGUACGUUUCUUAUUAUCUGUUGAAGGUCGCCUAUCAAAUUGUUUCACUCUAGAAGAAUCCGCUACAUCCUGCUAUACUCUCGACACUCGAAUCGAACUGUUCCCUAAUGCCUAAUAUUGUUAUUUUCUUUUCUUUAAACAAUCUUCCAGUUUGUCCUCUUUGUUGGAAGCCUCACACAAUGGCCCUCCUUCCCAGUCUGUCGGCGGAGGGCACCACGAAAUGGGUGACAACAAGGCACCUGGAGGGCCUACAUCUUUGACCUCUAGUGUGUCAUCUGGUGUGAGCUCCAAUUUCCAUGGUUACGAGGAUCCACCUGGUCUGCACGAAAAGGUAACAGAGUUAUUGUUAUAUAGCUGUGCUAGUGAUGAAUUGAAACCAGUGAGGACCAUGAUGAUGAAAUUAAUUUUGUUUCGUAUGAUUUUAUGAAGAUGACCACAGGAUUAAGUGUCGUUUUUUAUGUUCUCUUGGUGUUAUUAAGCCGUAUCUUGAUUUUCAGGUGGAGUACUUGUUACGAGAAUGGGUGCGGCUUUGCCACCAGCCCGGAGCAGGGAAGGAAAGUGAGAAGGCCUUCUCAACAUUCGUUGCCCUGGUCAGUCCUUUCGUCUUUGUUGUGUGAUUUGUUUUGUGGUCAAUGGAAAAUGGUAGACGUCAUUUGUUGUGAUUAAUAUUUUAUCGUAUUAAAAAGAGAAAUACCUUAAGUUAGUCCUGUCUCAAAACUACCAAAAUUAUUGAAUAGGUAGAGAAAAUAAAAUGAAAAUACCAGGAGAAUUCAGUGUCUAACAGCUGCUUCUGUAUUUAUUUAUUGUAGCUUCAUCAGCAAGGCAUUCUGAGAACUGAUGAUCUGAUCACAAGGUUUUUCCGGAUCAGUACUGAGUUGUGUGUGGAGGUGACAUACAGAGCUUUGGGAGAUCAUGUAAGCUCCUUAUUAUUUCCUUUCGUACCGAGCCAGAACUACAGGAAGCACUCCAACCAAUCACAACAAAGAUCAACACCGUAAAGAGUAAAUGAUCCCUAAUUGGCUAAAGAUUUUGCAUCUGAUAUGGUUGAGAGGUCGCUGCGAGUUCUCUAGAAAAAUUACAAAGCGCAGUAAAACAAAAUUAAUGCAAUCUGGAAAAUAUAUUGUUUUAAAGUGCGCGUGAAGAAGUUGUUUGCCCUCCGAACUUCGUGAGAUUGAACCUGCUCUUUGCCCCCUCUGCAUAGCAGUACCGUUCAAUAAGUGUCAAGGUUGUUCAGAAAUCUUUCAAAAGGCUGUUUUCUACCGAAACAGAAUCAUCCUGUCUUUCGGUGCAAUAACAUGACUAGCUUCUUUCAAUCCAAUGGUUACAGGUUUGAAAAGUGUAUCAUCCACAUUAGAGAAAAAACACUGUGCAGUGUCGUAUGAAACUCUAGUUUUCAGUAGCUUUGGGUUUAACAGUACCCCUAACUCGUUACUUUCCUUUCCCAAUUUCAGCCCAACAGCCCCACCGUGGCGAGGGCCAAGUGUCACAACACCCUGGAUGCUUACUGUCGUUUGAUAGCGCUCCUGGUGCGUCACUCAGGAGAUGCCUCCAACAAUGUGACCAAGAUUAACCUCCUCAGCAGAGUGAGUCACUGUUGCUUUAACAACUUGUAGUUCUCAGAUGAUUUUACUGUAGUCAUGAUCAAAUCUCGUAAUGAUGUGCCUAUCUUAAUAGGUCCUUGGCACAGUCGCUACGGUGUUAUUCCAAGAUCAUGAGAUUCGUCACACGGAGUUUCAACAGCUGCCUUAUCACAGAAUCUUUAUAAUGCUGCUUGUAGAGCUAAACCAACCCGAACCCAUCCUGGAAGCUAUAAAUUUCCAGGUCCUGCAAACUUUUAGGUAAGCAUUUUUUCACCUCUGAAAUGAAUGGCUUGAGUGAGUUAAAUCAUUUGUCCCGAAUCAUGAUUUAGAGUCUAUCAUCUAUUAAUCACGAUUAUUACUUCUAGGUGUGCAUGAGUACGGGACUUUUCUGCUAAAUUUCACGUUAAUAAUAAAAGUUUAUGUUGCUUAGUGAUCACUCUGUAGAUCUAAACAUCUAAGAAAUUGUUUAUAUUAGCACUGUGUUCCAUGCCCUCCGGCCAUCCCGUGCAUCAGGGUUCGCAUACGCCUGGCUUGAGCUCAUAUCGCAUCGCCUCCUGAUGUCCAAGCUGCUUCUAAACACACCGCAGCAGAAGGUAAGUUGGAUCAGAAAGUGAGUUUGAUUCAACGUGUUCAGAAAUCGUGCAUUACACAGCACGCUCUAGGCAAGAUGAGAGGCAAACAAAUCGUUGAAACUAAGUUAUCCAACAAGUUGUUUUGAGGUUCUGCAAUUCAUACCAUGUUUGGGCAGUGAUAUAUCAUUGGAUUAAUACUUUAUUUAACCCGAUGCUGAAUAAAAACCUGUUGUCGUGUUAUCAACAAUCUUCGUUUUACCAGAUUUUAAACUCGUAAGAAGAAAACGUAAGAGACACUUGAGUAACUAAGGUGAUGUUAACAUUGUCACCCUUUUCUCACCAUGAACCAUCUAUACGCGAUUUUUUGAUCGCGCUUGGGAAUGUGUAUUGAAAUUUUUGUUCGUUUAUUUGUUUCUAGGGCUGGGUUUUGUUUCAACAGCUGCUAAUCGAUCUUUUCAAGUUUUUGGCUCCAUUCCUGAGGAACGCUGAGUUAGCUAAACAGACUCACUUGCUUUAUAAGGUUGGCAGAGACAGCUGUAGAGCUUCGAUUUUGUGAAACUUUUUUGUUCUUUUUUUUUUUUCAAAAAAGUUUACUUUCAUGGAUGGUUUGUUACGGAAAACCUUAAUACUGAACAGUUUUAUAAGUUGAUCAUUUGAUCCCUUAGAGUGACUAGCAUCUUAAUUCUCCCUAUAAUAUCACCCUUUGUGUUAACAAAUUGGGAAAUGUAUAUAGAACAGUAUGGUGAAUAUGCAUACUUAUUAUCCAACUGUACAAAGCAGAGUACAAAUAACGCGCGAAUAGAGUGCAAAUAUCCAGUGAUAUUGCCGAAUAUAGCAGGAUAUUGGUUAUUUUGUACCGUAAAAGACCUGUUGAACUAGUCGGCUGCACGCGCUACGCUUCUCUAUCCGCUUUGCUUUUCUCGUCUUAUGAGAAAGACUUGGCAACAAAAAGCCGUUGGAUGAUAAAUAACUUAUUAGACGUUUUGGUGCGAAGUAUCGUUGAAUAUUUUUACCCGUUGAUUGUAAUUUGACACGCUCGUAGGCCCCACUGUCGUCUAAGACUUCGAAUUUAUCUUCCUACGUCCCCCAAAUAAAAAAUAGUGAAGCAGUAGUUAAAAUGGUUAAAAGUUUGGUUUAGGUAACGUUUCAGUUCAAAACAUACUUAUAUUUGGAUUUCCGCUCGAAUUAUCUGAGAAUUUUCGCCAAACAAAUGCAGUGUUUGCGGAAACAGUAUUCUUUAGAUCAAGGCGAUAAAAUCAGUUUCUUGUAAUGUUGAUUGAUUUCAGGUACAGUUUGUUUUAGGUAACGUGUCGUUGAUGUUCUCUGCAUUUUUAUUUUUAGGGUACACUACGCGUGUUGUUGGUCCUGCUUCAUGACUUCCCAGAGUUCCUAUGUGAUUACCACUUCAGUUUCUGUGACGUCAUCCCUCCCAACUGUAUUCAGAUGAGGAAUCUUAUCCUUAGUGCUUUCCCUCGGAACAUGAGACUCCCAGACCCCUUCACGCCAAAUUUGAAGGUAACGUCUCUAAUUUAAUUUGGAAAACUGGCGCAGAUUGGGUAUUAUCUUUAUAUGGCAGUUUUUUUUAUUUUGUUUUGUUUUGUUUCGUUUUUGCUUUCUAAUAGACCAGUGUGGAAAGGGUGCAUGGCUGUGUGUGUUAAGUAAAGCUACUAAAGCGGUCACGAGAUUUGCACGCACUGAAUGGAGGGCUUUUCGAUCGAGCGUCGUUAAACAAAAGCAAAGCAAUCAAUCAGCCAAUCAGGGCAUAAGAAAAUACUACAAGGAGCUUAUGAGAACUUGAAGGAAAUACUAGGGAACUGUGCUCUUCAGACAAAUCACAGAGCUUACUGAAAUAACACAUGUGAACUAGCGGAUUGCUUUCGAUUCCCAAUGAUAUCUCCAUUUUUCACAUUGUCUGAAAUUCUGGUUCACAGGCAAAAGUUCUUGUUAAUUCUUGCCCUCUGAUUAUACAGGUUGAUUUGCUGACUGACAUCGCUCAUUCGCCACGUAUCCUGACAAACUUUGCCUCUGCUAUCCAGCCUGCGAACUUCAAAAAGGUAAAAUAGACUGGGAAGUCUGCCUGAUCUAAUAUCCGACAGAACUUAAAGAAUUUUAGCUAAGCUCGAUAUUUCUUUUUUUGUUUCUGUACAGGAUUUAGAUUCGUAUCUGAAGACACGUGCUCCAGUAACCUUCCUGACGGAACUCAGAACGCAUUUGCAGGUAAUGUCUGUUUCUUUCGAUUUUUUAUGAUUUUAUUCAUGACGGUGUAAAAAGAAAAUGAAAAGAUCCUUGGGAGGUUAGGAAGGACAUCGCAAUGAAAGCAAUGUUUAUUAUGACUUAGAGGCAAAGUCACCGCGGUUUUUUAAGAAGCUGUAGUAACGACCUGUAAAAGCAACAGGAGCAUUUUUUUAAUCCGCAUUUAAGGGAGCUAAGAAAGCGCAAAGUAUCUCAUCUGGCUUUUUUGUGAGUGUAAUUGUUUUAAUUAUAUCUUGUCUAAUUAGGUAUCCAAUGAAGCUGGAACGCGUUACAACGUACCUUUGAUGAAUGCCUUGGUCCUUUACGUCGGAACGCAAGCCAUUACUUACAUUCACAGUAAGAGCGGUACCCCCUCCAUGUCAACCAUCACUCAUUCGUCGCACAUGGACAUCUUCCAAAAUCUGGCUGUGGAUUUGGAUACCGAAGGUACAGACUUUAUCUGUAAACGAACGGCAUUGAGUGGAAAACGGGAGGUUAUUUUUCUCACAGAGGAACUUUUUAAUUGGGAUUGAAUUGAUUUGCUGUAUAACGCCUGGGGAUUGGGCUAGAAACUGCGUCACUGUCAUAUCCUCAGCCAAUCAGAUACAGAAUUGAAACCAAUCACGACUUCAUCACUUGCAUUUGUGUUUACUUUUAUUUCGUAUUUUUCGCUGUGAUAUAUCCUUCUAUUUCUCCUUCGGUAACUGUGGUCCUCUUUUUUCGGCAUUGUAGUGCUGUAGCAUUAGGUAGUCUGAUGGAUGACAAAGUUACUUUUGCCUCUCCAGGUCGAUACCUAUUCUUAAAUGCGAUUGCAAAUCAGCUGCGUUAUCCAAACAGCCACACACAUUACUUCAGUUGUGUUCUGCUGUAUCUCUUUGCCGAAGCAAACACAGAAGCCAUACAAGAACAGAUUACAAGGUGCGUACACAUUCUUCCAAGGCUAUCCUUUGCUGAUACCAUUUUGUUCAGAAUAACUCAUCCUUUUGGCCAAUGCUCCAAGAUUAAGAGGCGCUGCCUUUGCCCGACAUUUGAUUGGCUUGUAAAACAGACAAGAUGGCAAAUGAAUUUAAAACAAGACGAGUUUCUGUGCAGAUUUCAUCCCUAACUCCUACCUCCAUCGGUAAACGAUCCUGUCUCCAUUGCUGAUUUAUUUGAAAGAAGUGCUGAGAUAAACGUUUUUAUGUACUUGAUCUCUUGUAACCUUGGAUAUCCCGAAUUAUCUUUUAAUACUUUGAUGACUGUGAGCAAACAUUUUACCCAUGUAAUAUGUGUAUAUAUAUUUUUUUUUUUGCUUUUUUUUUUUGUAGGGUAUUGCUGGAGCGGUUGAUUGUGAACCGACCUCAUCCUUGGGGACUACUGAUCACCUUCAUUGAACUCAUUAAGAAUCACCAGUACAAAUUCUGGACGCACGAAUUUGUUCACUGCGCUCCGGAAAUCGAAAAGUAAGAUUGAAUUUCUUCUACGAUUAACAGCGGUGCUCCUUCAUUAAAUGCAUUUUAUCGAUAAGUUGAGAAGAUACGGGAUGCAUCCUUCCGUACAGAUGCUUAGUGUAAUUGUAAAGUGUAUAUAAAUGUUACAUUAUCCAUCUGGGUAAAAAGAGGAAGGGCGCUUGAAAAUUGCAUCGUUUUUCCAGUUCUUUCUCGAUGAAUAGAAACUUCUCGUGUGCUGUGCGAAAAUUUUGUGAUGAAGGGAAGAGAACUGUGUCAGAGACGGUUGAGAGAUCUAUUAGAUUAUUGUGAAAAAUUCAUUUCUGAUUUUUGAUCAUUGGACUGGUUCUGACCAUCGUUGAGACCGCUACGUUGCUCAACCCUUCAACCCCUAAGGCAGGCGAGCAUCUAAUUUAUCCUCACACUAUCACCCCUGGUACUGAGGAGAAAGGAAAUGAUCACCAACUAAAAAAUUUCUUAAUUGUUAAAUAAAUGCUCCUUGUCAGCACCUCAGGAAAUGUAUUGAGAACGGUAUGGAGAAUAUGCAUACUGAUAUUAGGUUGGAAAGGGUUAGUGGUUUUCAAAUAACCUGGUACAUUUUCCUGCAGGUUGUUCGAAUCCGUUGCACGUAGCUGCAUGCAGCAGAAACAGGCACCGCCCAGAGAUACUGCUGAAAACCGAGAGUGAACACACAAGAAACAAGCUGUAAAUUUGUACAACAGGUUUCAAGAGAUCCAGUCCUUAUGACAUUGAAGUUUUUGACAAUUUGUAAUUUUUGUAUCGUAGAAUGCUGAAUAAAACAACGCUUUGGAGAGUA